CGUUGGCAGAGAAGCGCCCGAUUUCUUCAAUACGAGCCGCACAGACUACCGCAGCAUCAGCGUAUGAUUUUAUUGGAGGGCUUUUUUUCCUACUUCUUCUUCUUCAUUUCCCUUCCCCCUACACCGGCAGCAAAAAGCCAAGAAGAGCUGAAACAGGACCCCUUCUUCUUAAGACAAAUGAGAACUCUAUGACAGUCGGACCUUUUUCAUUUGGUUGUGUCUGUUAUUCAUAUGAAACGUGCAGGAUUUAUUUCCUUUAUAAUUCUUUCCUUUUUAACGUUUUGCCAGUUUUCUUUACCUGAAGAAACUGUUUACUUAAAAUACUUGGACACAUCAGUUGCUUUUUUUGGCGGUCGGAGUUUUUUCAAAUACUUUUGACUUGGCUCAUUUCACUAUCUGGGCUGUGAUAUAAAGACAACUGCAACUAAAAACGCAGUUUCUCUGGUCGUUUGCGUUUCUUUUUUUGUUAUACUGUACGGAGUUCAAGAGUGGAACUUAUCUGUGUGCCUACAAUCUAGUGACGAAUGGUGGGAAUUUCUGUCCCCUUCCAGUAUCGCACUGAGAAGCACUCCACCAUGCCAGAUUCACCUGCUGAUGUGAAGACACAAUCCAGGUUGACUCCACCUACAAUGCCACCUCCUCCAAGUACCCAAGGAGCGCCAAGGACCAGCUCUUUUACCCCUACUACAUUAACAAAUGGCACCAGUCAUUCUCCCACAGCAUUAAAUGGAGCUCCUUCACCCCCAAAUGGCUUUAGCAAUGGGCCCUCCUCCUCAUCUUCAUCUUCUUUGGCAAAUCAGCAGCUGCCACCAGCCUGUGGGGCACGACAGCUUAGCAAAUUGAAGAGAUUUCUCACUACUUUACAGCAAUUUGGAAAUGACAUUUCACCUGAAAUUGGAGAGAGGGUGCGCACCCUAGUCCUAGGACUAGUGAAUUCUACUUUAACCAUAGAAGAGUUUCAUUCAAAACUCCAAGAAGCUACCAAUUUCCCUCUGCGACCCUUUGUCAUUCCAUUUCUAAAGUUAUCUUCUACUAAUUUGCCUAACAUGAAUACAGUGACACUUUCAAGUUCAAAAAAAGGAAGGAAGGCUAAUCUUCCAUUGCUCCAGCGAGAACUUCUUCAUUGUGCACGUUUGGCAAAGCAGAACCCAGCUCAGUACCUCGCUCAGCAUGAGCAGCUUCUCCUUGAUACCAGCACCACCUCACCUGUUGACUCCUCCGAACUUCUGCUUGAUGUAAAUGAAAAUGGCAAGAGGAGAACACCAGACAGAACCAAAGAGAAUGGCUUUGAUAGAGAGCCUUUGCACUCAGAGCAUCCCAGCAAGCGACCCUGCACUAUUAGCCCUGGCCAACGGUACAGUCCAAAUAAUGGCUUAUCAUACCAGCCCAAUGGUCUGCCUCACCCUACACCGCCUCCACCUCAGCACUACCGUUUGGAUGACAUGGCUAUUGCUCAUCACUACAGGGACUCAUAUAGACACCCCAACCACAGGGACCUCAGGGACAGAGCAAGACCUUUGGGGAUGCAUGGUGCACGUCAAGAAGAAGUGAUUGAUCACCGUCUUACAGACAGAGAAUGGGCAGAAGAGUGGAAGCACCUUGACCAUGUAAGAAAACUUCUAAACUGCAUUAUGGAUAUGGUAGAAAAGACAAGACGGUCACUCACAGUUCUGAGGCGUUGUCAAGAAGCUGACCGAGAAGAGCUGAACUACUGGAUCAGGCGGUAUAGUGAUGCAGAAGACCUCAAGAAAGGCACUAGACAACAGAGCCCUGUCAACCCUGAUGCAACACUCCCAGAAACACAUCGGGAGCUCCUUCACAGACCUACAUCUGGAUAUGUUCCAGAAGAGAUCUGGAAAAAAGCUGAGGAAGCUGUAAAUGAAGUGAAGAGACAGGCAAUGUCAGAACUGCAGAAAGCUGUGUCAGAGGCAGAAAGAAAAGCCCAUGAAAUGAUUAGCAGAGAAAGGGCAAAGAUGGAGCACACAGUAGCUGAAGCUAAGCGUCAAGCUGCUGAAGAUGCUUUGUCUAUUAUUAAUCAGCAGGAAGACUCAAGUGAAAGUUGUUGGAACUGUGGGCGCAAGGCAAGUGAAACAUGUAGCGGCUGUAACACAGCAAGAUAUUGUGGCUCCUUCUGCCAACACAAAGACUGGGAAAAACACCACCACGUAUGUGGACAGACAUUACAAGCACAACAGCAAGGGGAGACCCCUUCAGUAGUCGGUUCCUCUGUGACCCCUAGCAGUGGAGCUGGAAGUCCUGUUGACACACCACCCACUGCCACACCCAGAUCAACAACUCCAGGAACACCUUCCACUAUAGAAAACACUCCUCGUUAAAAAAAGAUUUUAACUUGCAACAAAUAUUCACCACAAUAACUGCUCUAAGAUUAAAAACUAUACUACAAAGAAAAGGAACUUGUCUUGAAGGAAAAACAAAAGGCCAGUAAUGGGUCAUAUUGACUUACUAUUAAGAAAAGCAAAGAUAUUUGUUGUUCUUUUUA